UGAAACCUUCACCAGUUCACUUCAGCAGAAACACAACAUGAACAUUAAAUGGAUCAUCACUCUCACGCUUCUGUUAAUUGCUGAGAAUGAAGGGAUUUGGGCAAAAGACGCACGAGUGAAGCUUUGUGGCCGUGAGUUUAUCAGGAUGGUUGUGACAUUGUGUGGAAGUUCACGACUGAGACGCUAUGCACCUGAGAUUAGCCCUGUGUCCAUCAGUGCUCACGCAAUUCGAUACAACAGUGAUCUGUUUUCCACUCUGACACAAAUAAAGAGCGACAGUGAAGAUCAGACAAUCAGCAAAUCACCAGAGAAAGGGUUAAACUCUUCAUUAUCAUCAUUUCUCAAAAUCAUGGAGUCUGCAAAACAUUCAACCUCCAGGCUGCAGCGUGACAUCGGUCCUGCAGGAGUGUGCUGCAGAUCCGGAUGCACCAAGACUGAGCUGGUUCAAUACUGCUGAACAUAAACACUCAACACUACUGAACAUAAACUCUUUUUUUUCUUUGCUUUCAUUGCUUUGUUUGCAGUAAAUGUGGAUGUCUAAUUUCAGAAUAACUUUCUGUUUGGUCUCAUUGUGGUGAUGUAAUCAGAAAUAAAACACAACUGAGUUCGUACAUAUAAAAGGGAAUAUCUGUGUAGUUCAUGUAACUGGUAUUUUGGGGUUUUUUCAUAUUU